UCCUCCCUCAGGUUGCUGGCUGAAGAUUUCAGUGCAAUGGUCAACAACCCCCACUUAAGUGAUGUCCAGUUCCAGGUAGACUCUGGGGAAGUCCUUUAUGCCCACAUGUUUGUGCUGUACGCACGGUGUCCACAGGCCGUCCAGGUUGUUCACAGCCAAGGUUUCUUAGUGGAGGAGGAUGGGAACGCGCAGACACACCGUGUGCUGCUGAGUGACGUAACCGAAGAGGCGGUGUGUGCAUUCCUGCGGUACCUUUAUGCUGCUGAUGCUCACGUCCCUGCUCGGGUGCUGCCCCAGGUGGGGGAUCUGGCUGCCAGGUUUGGUGUGAGGGAACUGAUGGCAGUGUGUGAGAACAACACUGGAGAGACUCAGGUGUCUUCUGGAGUGGAUUCAGAAGAUGAUCUUAUCUCUGUGAGGGAUGACAAAGAUUGUGAGGACAGAGCUGAGAAUUUCCAAGACCUCUUGAAGUCAGUGUGGGUAGAUGAAGAUGAAGAAGAGGUAGCUAUGCUGAACCCUGAGUGCCAGAAGGGAGAUGACAAUGGAGUGGGUGAACAGGAGUUGGAGGAGAUCUAUGAGUUUGCUGCAACUCAGAGAAAGAUGAUGCAAGGUGAAACAGAGGUGAGUGAGGGAACAGACUGCAGCAUCUGCAGUGAUACUGAGGCAGCCCCAGGUACAAACCUGCAAACUGAGGAGAAAGAGGUAAAGAGAUGUGAACCUGCUUCAAUAAGCAACAGCUUCAAAGAUUUGGGAGAUGACAAUGAUGUGGAAAGACCUAAAUGCGACUCGUCUGCACAAGAGAAAACGCAGAGUAUAAAUAGGUGCAAGAGCACGAAUGUUUCACCGACGACUUUUGUGCCUCACCACAGUGAAGCUCAAAAAUGGGACAUAGCAUCCCAUGGUGCCACUGCUAAUGAAGGAGAGGCUGUUAGAAGAUGUGAAGGUGUGAAGGAUCCCAAGUCAUCUCAGGUCUCACAUGAUGGGGCAGAUCACUGUGAAAAACAGUUCCUCAGUGAUAUUAAUACGCGUGAAAGUUACAAACGCUUGUUUUCUGCAACUCAGGGAGACUCCCGUGAGCCUUCCCCGGUGAAAGAAGGGGGAGAAUCUGGAAAGGCUCCUAGUGAGAAACAAGGUGAUAUUAAUGAUUCACCUCUGUACAGUAAGUCACAAAAAGACCUCUCUCCACAUAAGAAUGGCUUUUAUGGGAGUCCUCCCAAACCUUAUGUGCCCUUUUUUCCUGCUGUUGGCUCUUCACCUGCAUCUCCAAAAUCAGAGGGAGAGUUUGCCAGAGAACGUGAGUCAACGCCGAAGCAGAACAAAAAGGAAAAAUCAUUGCCUUCUGAUGAAAUAACUUUUAAGAAAGCCGAUGAACUGGAUACUCCAUCAGGAAACGACAGUGCAAUUUCUCAAGCUAAGCUUCCCGACGUUGAUUUAAACAAGCAUACAUAUGUCCCGGUGUUGUCAUCACCGGUCAUCAGAAUUCAGGAUGCUGCGGCUCAGGGGAACAAGGAGGGUGAUGUUAUUGUUUUAUCCUCUGAUGAUGAAAUGGAGUUACAACAAGAUAAGAAGUCACCAGGUUCAGGCUCUGCUCUGAAGAAAAUGGAAAUCCCUGGGCAACUGAAAUGUACAAAUGUAGCACAAGGUCCUGAGAUACCAAAACCUGAAGCUAAUUCAUCAGUCACUGAAGCAGAACAGAGAUCAUCCCAGAGUUCAAGUGGCAUUACAGAUACAGCGCAUAUAAGUAAUGAUGUAAAGAUGCCCACUGAUUUGCCUCUCGGCAGACAAAUAGAUGCUUGUAUGGACAGCAAACGGACUCCAAACCUGAGCCCUGUGAAGAAGCUCGGUCAUGAAGUGUCUUCUGGUACAGACAGCUCCUGGCUAGUGCCGGACACACCAGUUCUGAGCAAAAGCAGAAGUUUCUCAGCACAGACUCAGGUCACAAGUAUUAAUUCUUUAAAGAGUCCAAGAUCUAAACUCAGCACAGAGAACUUAGCAGCAGGUAAUAGUAACCAUGAAAUGGCUGGAGAUUUAAUAGAAGUUUGUGAAACAGCAUUGUCACACAACCAUUUGCCCAUGGAGAACUCAAUCAGUGAAAAGAGCCCUUCCAGCAGCCCAACCGCAGCAUCAUUUUCCAAGAACUCCCCACCAGUUUCUCCAGUGGAUCCAGUUCUCCUCUCCCCUGACUGCACCAACAGGAAGAGCAAAUCUCCAAGAUCUGCCAAGAUCUCAUUUCUGUCCAGACCUGUGCCCCCAUGCCAUAAGCAGUCAUUGGAAGAGAAAACAAAUAUCAGUGUGGUUGAGAUAGAGGACAGUGAAAAGGAAGUAAGUCUGCCCUCUGUGAGUAGUAGUGUCUUGCUCUGUGACGAGCCCUCAAUCCCCAUUGAUGACUGCUGGCAUGUUGAGUAUGUGUCACCAGUCAGAGGUAACAGCCAGGACUCAAACCAGGUCAGCUGUGCCAAGACCAGCACGGCCAGCAGCCCCAGACCUGGCUCUUGGCGUGACCAGUGGGAGAGCCCAGUCUGUGGUCAGGAAAUUAAGGGCAGUACCCCUCUUCGAGGAAGUCUUGUUGGCAGAAGAACAACUUUGUUCUGUCUUGAAAAGAGUCCAAUUGAGGCAUGUUCAUCAGCGGGCAGUAGACCAAGCUACCUGGACUCCAAAAUCUGGGAUGAUUGGAAUGGAGAAGAGGAGGAAGAUGAAUUUCCAGAGAUGCUUCCUCUGUCUCAGAGGUUGUCAGCUGCAGCAGGUGCUCGUCAGACACAUCCUGUAAAGACUCCUGAACCAUCCUGUCAGGAGAACAGCAAGUCUUCCAGCACUCCCAUCACACCAAUGCCAGCGUACUCCCUCAUGGAGACCCCACAGCUGAAGAAGGAGUUGAGCAGAUUUGGAGUUCGUGCUCUCCCGAAACGCCAGAUGGUGUUGAAGCUGAAGGAGAUAUUCCAGUACACUCACCAGGAUGUGGACUCUGACUUUGAGGAUGAAAUCCCGUCUUCCCAGCCUCCCUUGCAGAAGUCCCCAGCCAAACGCUCCAGGCAGCCAAAGGCAGACCGGACUGCAGGUGGAAAGCGUGCCAGUACGUCAAAGGCUGUGGGCAAAAGGAAACAAGUUGCUACAGCUUUUUCUGUGCUCCCUGCGGGAAGGGCUGAUGAUGACCUUGUUGGAUCCUGUGAAACAGGCUGUGCAGCAGCCAAGGAGGCAGCUAGAAUGACAGAUCACACAGAAGGAGCCAAAGAGCAGAAAAGGUCAUCUGUAUCUCCAGAGAAAUGGUCUCUGGCAGCAGAUGGUGAGGAACCAAUGUUCUCAGCAUCUCGGGACUGUGCAGUUUCUUCAGUGGAUGGAAGUAGCAUCUCUCUUGGUUCACAGAGUUCUUCUGUGAAUGGAUUUGAAGCCUGUGCUUUUGUAUCUGAGGAGGAGAAAGGGGAGCUUCCAGCAUCUCAGGCAGCAGCUCGGGAAGAAGAAAAGCUGGAGGCAGUAAAGAACUACAUCCGUUCAAACACAGCCCUGUACCACAAGGUUCUCUUUUAUGAGCCAAUUGAGCUGGCCGAGCUGCACACAGAGCUGAAACAGAAUGGCAUUAAAAUUUCCAAGGCAAAGCUGCUGGACUUUUUAGAUGCUCAGUGUAUCACAUUUACCACAGCUGCAGCCCGGAAAGAGAAGGAACGGAAAAGGAAGGGAAAUAAAAAACAGAGGAGACGAUACUGAAUGGAGCCCACUCCUCCAUCCUGA